AUGGACACACCAAAAACAACAAUUCCCGACCCGCUUGUGGAAAGGGCAAUACCUGUCCUCAAAGCUUUAGAAGAAAUUGUUGAGCAUCGUAUCUUUAUUCUGAAUGCCAUUCCCCGCGUACUCAACAAAUGGCAGGAGGCAUAUCACGCCAGUCUUUAUGCAAGGAAGCCAAUGGAUCUAGAGAAGUUGCUUUAUGACAACACAACGACCCACUAUGAGGCAGCACGUUGGCGAAUCGAACAGCUAGCUAAGAAUUGUCAAAAGUGCAGUGUGAUCGAUUACACACCAUUGUUCACAUCUAAUGGCACAUUCAACUUUGUAGACGAUAGGACAAGGGUUGCAUACAUUGACGAUGCAAAACACUUCACACCUUAUGGCCUGUUCUAUCUGUAUCCACUUUACAAAAAUAUCUGUGAUAAGAUUGAUUGGUAA